AAACCGCUACCUUUGGAAGCAAAGAUCGCAUUAGCGACGUGGUUGGGUGUCGCAGGGUUAGUGACAGUAGUUGGAAAUGGAAUUGUCCUGUGGUUGAUUUUCAGAAAAAGAUCUCUAAGAACAAUGUCCAACAUGUUCCUGACCUCGUUGGCCGCCGCGGACUUCCUUGUAGGACUUCUUAUAGACCCAGUGUGGCUAGUCGUAAGAUAUUUGGGUUAUAAUUCUAAAACCUACUUCGAAACCUUCGGUAGGAGUAUAGAUUACCUAUGGAUCCACACUACUGUGGCAACAACAUUUAACUUAUGCUGUGUUAGCCUGGACAGGUACGUAGCCAUCAUUCAUCCUCCGCGCUAUCACGAUUUUCUCAUCAACAGAAGAUGUUAUUUACUGAUAGCUAAUGUAUGGUUUAUGUCCCUUGUCUUACCCUGCUCAAAGUUCAUGGUUCAGGAUAUAACAGCUUUAGCUUUAUUGUAUCUAUCUUUUACAGUUAUGACAAUAUUAUUUCCUAUGUCUGUUAUCGUGUUCUGUUCUCUUCGAAUUUUAAAGCAGCUUCAAUCCAUUACAACAACGUCAAGCUGAGAAGUAGCCUUGUACAGGAUCAAGACAUUUUUAGAAGAACCAAAAAGAACUACAAGGCUGCUAAAACAGUUAGUAUCAUAGUGGGGCUAUUUGUGGUUUCCUGGUUUCCAAAUCUUAUCACUGGUUUCGCGCACUAUUUCAGCAACAAAGUGUCCUAUAACUCAGCCUACUACUCCGUGUGGAUAUUUGUUGAAUCAGUGGCGUUUACCUCAUCUGCAUUCAACCCAUGGGUGUAUUGUUUGCGAAACAACGAGUUCUAUGAAGCAUUAUCACGCACAUUUCGAUUUCUUAAAAGACUAUAAUUUGAGGAACGACACCGUCUUCGGUUCAAAGACUGCAGGGACCUGACUGUAUAUAUUCAUAACACACAAUAAUUGUUUUCAGGCUAUCCGCUGAAAAAAAGAAACAUCUAGAGUAGCUUGGUAAGAUAGUUGCUUGGUAAAUAAUUAUUUUCAAGUUUAGGGAAACAGCUGGUCAUACUGAAUUAAGUUGUUGUCAAAACUAUAAAAGCUUUUCACUUGGAAAUGAACAUAAAUUUCUUAUACCAUUAGGCUUGUGAAUCAUUUAUUGCCUAAGUUAUUUUUUUGUCGGCAAAGUUUCAGCAUUUAACUCGGUAAUUGGGUGGAAUUGACCUCUGUUUUUCAGUGGAAUUUUUCAGUGGACGAUUUUGUUUUACAGAGGUUGUUUUUCAGAGACUUUCGAUGAUAUUUCCUCGGGGUGUUGAAGCAUUGGUCAUUGGCCAGGAAACUAAUCCAAGUAAUUGCAAUAAAUUAUGUUCCAAAAUCAGAAAUAGGAAAUUAAGAUGAGAAAAACUUAUCAGCGAUCCAGACGAAAUCUCUUUUAAAUUGAUAUUACACGAAGUUUUCUAAACUUGGCAGUGUUUACAAAGAAUUUUAUAGCUAGUAAUGGGAGAGUUAUCAACUGAAUCUUUAGCGUAAAUGCUCAUGGUUGAACAACACGUGCCAGAAAAUUACAUGAAAAAUUUAUUGUAACAUAUGGGCUUACUUAGUCUAGAUAAAUCGUUUAAUUUUUUAAAGUUCUUGAAAUCCAGCAAAUAAAAAAACAAAACAAAACAAGUUUAAUCCGAGUGCCAUAUGAUAAACUAUCUACUAACCUCGCUAGCUCGAGUUGUACUGAGGAAUCUUGGCCCUCGGUCGUCUCAGUACGGACCUCGCUGCGCUCGGUCGGCUCUGCCAUAACCUUGGGCCAAUAAUCCUCAGUACGACCCUCGCGCUCGGUUGGUAAGAAAUCAAUCUUCUUGUAUCUAUUUUGUAUACGUUAGGCAAAAAUACUUUCUCCUGACAAACAGAUAAUGUUGCAUUCAUAGAAUAAAUAAAGGGAACUGAGUAAACAAAAUGAUAUGUUUGCCGUUUGAACAAUUGCCGCAUUUAAAUUAUUUAUAGCUACACCAGAAGAAUAUUAAUAUGCACAGGCUCAAUGUGAUCCCGUUGCUUUCCGCUUUUUAAUGUAUUUCUGGGUACAGUCAGAAUUCUGGAAACAUUUCUGUGAUCUUACCUCGUUAAUCAAUGUGGAUUUUUCCGGUGGGGCCAAAUUUACACUGACGUUAAAAGGGCAGGUAGUCGGGUAAGUAAAAUUGUAACUGUAAAGUUGUUUGUCUGCGCUCUACAUGACCAGUAAAAAGCGAGUUUGAGAAAAAAGAAAGAGAGCAGGAUCUUCAUAAAAAAACAUGACUUGUAGUUGAUUUUAUCAAUUGAUCUUGUAAUUAUGAUACGACAUGCAUAGUUUACCAGCAUUAACGAAGGCACUGCAAGAAGAGAAGGAAAGACUUGACAGACCUUUAGAACAACAUGAAUGUCUGAGGACUUAUAAAGAAAUCAUACAGAGCCUAACAUAAAUACAGCGCACUUCUUUAUUUUAAUUUUUCGUCUUCAUGAUCUUCUAAUUGGCAGUCUAGUGCACUCGUGUAGCUUCAAAUUCUAUAGACUAGAAUUUUUCCAUGACGGGAAGGAAUUGUAGCACAAACAUCAAAUUUGUUAUUUCUCACUUGAGUGAGACGUCAUGUUUUCAUUCGACAUGGGGUAGUUUUGUCACUUUGCUUGCAAAUACUGGCCAUUUGUAUUACAAUUGACCGUUGUUGAAUUUUUUGACGGGCGAAAUGAUUAUUCAAUAACAACAUUCGAUAUAUUAUUCGACUCGCGUCCUCCCAAAAAUUUAGUUAAUGAGAAAUUUGAGAGGUUGCCAGUUAACACUGUUGCGAGAACGACAGCAUAGCAAAGUUGAAAAUGAUUCACCACUCAGGCACUGCAGUUGAAAACAGGCCACCGGCGUUUUCUAAAUAAUUAAUUAUGUUCUUCGAUGGUGAUUUUUAUCAGUUGGACUCAACAAUAUGCGAAAUCUUUUUAAAAUUGUGCUAAAUCUAUGAACCCUUUUUGUCAUCUUAUAUUAGAGGAUUCACACCAAGUUCGCAUGCAGUCCUGUGAAAGACACCGUUGAAAUAUGAACAGCACCAGUGAAAAGUUUAACCAAGAGGAAAGGAUCAUUUUAGCAGCCUGGUUCAGUGUCACAGGUCUGGUGGCCGUAAUUGGCAACACUGUUGUCUUAUGGUUGAUCGCCAGAAAUCAUUCUCUCAGAAUAAUUUCGAAUUUUUUCAUCGCUUCAUUGGCUGCGGCGGACUUGUCGGUAGGACUUGUUAUAAACCCUGUAUGGGCAACGGCCAGGUGCAUCAAUUAUAACGAAGACAGUUAUCUGAAAACUUACGGUAAAGCUAUUGAUUAUCUGUGGAUACACACCACUGUAGCUACAACGUUCAACCUAUGCUGCAUUAGUCUGGACAGGUAUAUUGCCAUCAUUCAUCCGCUCCGCUACCAAGAGCUUCUUACUAACACGAGAAGUUAUCUCAUCAUAGCUUCUGUAUGGGUCUUGUCGUUUCUUCUCCCCUGUUCAAGGUUUUUUGUGAGAGAUGAUUCCAUUGAGUUGUGGUUGUCUUUUACAAUCAUGACAGUGUUAAUUCCUAUGAUCGUCAUUGUGUUCUGCUCCAUGCGAAUAUUGAAAGCCUCUGCGACGCAGUCUAGGAGAAUAAAUGUUGUCACUUUACAGAAUCAAGAAUCCGUGAACAGACGUAAACAGAACUUGAAAGCUGCUAAAACAGUUAGUAUUGUGGUGGGACUAUUCGUUGUUUGCUGGCUGCCGAGUCUAGUGACUUCUUUCACUCAAUAUUUGAGCAAAAAUGUGGUUUACUCCACCAUGUAUCAUAAGGUUUGGACUAUUGUCGAGGCGGUUGCUUUUACUUCCGCGGCAAUCGACCCGUGGGUCUAUUGUUUGCGAAACAGCAAAUUCUAUGAAGCAUUUAAUCGCACUUUUCGAGUACGUGGAAGACAAAUUAUAGAACAAACUUCCUCUCGUCGUUAA